AUGCUAGUUUAUUCCUCCCAUGGUGGUGAGUCUCUGGGUCAAGAAGGUCACUCAACUGUUCUCGCGAGUGUUGAGUUUUCUAGACCAUUCUCGCGGGUCUCGCAUAUGCGAGCCUUGCCCCACCUUUUUUUGAAAAAUCCUAUGCUUCCAGUGCUACCAACUGUGAUUGAACCUCCCUCUAUGAAGGAUCCUGAGCUUGACUUGAACCAACCUUCUUUGACCAAAGAUGUUGGUGAUGGGGGUAAGUCUGAGGUAACAAUUGGUUAUGUUGUUUCACCUGUAGAGGUGGUGCUUGUCGUCCCCCCAAUUGUGGCAUUAACUUCUAGAGUGACCAUAGAAGUUCCCGUAGUAGCCGUUGAGNGAUUGGUUAUGUUGUUUCACCUGUAG